AGCGAUGAUCACCAGCAUGUCGACACUCCGUAUCGGCCUGGGCCCCCGUCUGCCCAGCUUGCCCCGCGGAAGAGCGCAGGCGGUAUCGGCAGGGAGACGCUCGGCGUCGACCUCUGCACCGAGAGUGCGGCCCCAAACCUCCCCGCCACCAUCGCGCCCUUUUGCGCGGACACGGCCGCCGCUUCCCGUCGUACGCUCCUUCUACCGGCCCGCCAUUGUCCUCUCACUCCUCCUGACCUUGGGCACAUGGUCUGCGUUCACGCUGCAUGCCACCAACAAGGAGCGGCUCUCGUCGUCGGUCGUCAAGAACAUCCUCGAUCGGAUUCGGCAGGACGACGACAUCGAGCGGCUCAUGGGCACUGGGGUUCAGCUGGAACGGAGCACAUACCUGAUGGGCGAUCCGUGGAUCCGGGGAAACAUCAACAUGAUGCAGGGCAGAGUCGACAUCAAGUUCAGGCUCAAGGGGCAGAAAGACUCAGGCACAGCCUACUUUACUUCGAUCAGGAGGGACCAGGCGACGUCGUUUGAGACGCUCCGCUUCCUCGUCGUGCUCGACUCCACAAACGACACCAUCUCCCUUCUCGAUCCCAUCCAGCACGGUUCCCAGCGCGACGUCUCGGUGACAUAGAAGAACAAUUUGUAUUAUCUGUCUUGUUUCCAAUGAAAGCAACAAUCAUCUCUCUCUCUCC